UCUCUCCCUCACUAGUCACUCACUCACUCAUUGACUCUCUCUCUCUCAGCAAAACCAAUAAGACUGUCUCUCAGCUGCCAUUUAUUCGAACAGGAUAAGAUACAGAGAGAGCGUGUCUACCAUCAUAUGUGAAUUUCGUUUCGUUUGGUUUCAAAGCCAUGCGCUUAGCUUCCGUCAUCCACAACGCCACCAUUCAAAUCCCUCUCAAACUUCAUUCGGACUUGCUUAGGGUUUCUUCUCCGCCAUUUCAACCCCCAAAUUGUACCUCCGGCCUUCAUCGCUAUGUCUACCGCCAUAUCCCUCUGCUUCGUCCAGCUGGAAGCAAUCGCAGCCGUGCCCUGCAUUCGCGGAUUGCGUGCUGUAGAGGAACUGAGAAGGAAGAUGAUUUGUCUACGUCAGAAGGCAAGAGGAUCGAUUUGGUCUCCCAAGACAAUAACAAUGCUGACAUCUCUCACAGUUCCUCUUCAUUUUGUAAUUCUGAGAAAUCUGAGGAGGAUGAAAGUUUUGUCUCCUCGGUUAAAACUGUGGCCUUAUGCGUGUGCACUGCAGUAGCAUUUGGUAUAGGUGUGGGACUGAAAGAUGGAGUUGGCAAGGCAUCAGAGUUUUUUGCUGGGUAUAUUUUGGAGCAAAGCUUGUCAGUGGAUAAUUUAUUCGUCUUUGUUUUGAUCUUUAAGUAUUUCAAAGUGCCAAUCAUGUAUCAGAAUCGAGUACUAUCAUAUGGUAUUGCUGGUGCAGUGAUCUUUCGUUUGACAUUGAUACUUCUUGGAACAGCUGCACUUCAGAGGUUUGAAGCAGUAAACAUCCUACUGGCCGUAAUACUCUUUUACUCGUCUUUCAAGCUACUUUCCAGUGGAGAAGAUGACACUGACCUGUCCAACAACUUCAUUGUGACAACAUGCCAGAGAUUUAUACCUGUUACAUCUAGUUAUGAUGGCAAUCGAUUUUUUACAGUUGAAGAUGGUAUAUGGAAAGCCACUCCUUUACUUCUCACAGUAGCAGUUAUCGAGCUCAGUGAUAUAGCAUUUGCGGUGGACUCUAUACCGGCAGUUUUUGGUGUUACGCUAGAUCCUUUCAUAGUUUUCACCUCUAAUCUUUUUGCCAUCUUAGGUCUGAGGUCGCUGUAUACACUCAUAUCUGAGGGCAUGUCAGAGUUGGAGUAUUUACAGCCAUCCAUUGCUGUUGUUCUGGGCUUUAUCGGGUGCAAAAUGAUCCUAGAUUUUUUCGGAUUCCAUGUAUCAACCGAGGCAUCUCUUGGAUUUGUGGCUACUAGUCUUAGUGCUGGGGUGUUGUUAAGUCUUAUGAAAAAGACUGACUAGCUUAAGAAGAUUUUCAGACUCAGAAGCAGGUAUGGUUCAUCGAUGUAAUUAACUAUGACAUCCUAGUGCUGCCCUAUGGAUGAAGAUACUGCUGUAAAGAUGACCUUGUGUUUUACCAAUUAGACUCUGUGAAACUGUCAACUAAGUUGGUAUACCACAAAGAAUAUACAUCGGCUCCAUUUGGUCCUGAAACGAGGAUUGUGGGGGGAAGAAACUCUAGAACUUCGUUCUUUGUUAGAAUCUGAAGAUCAUAUUCACAGUAUCACAUUUGGAACUUUGAUGUAAGAUCCAAAUUUGUUUUAAUUAUUUUUUAUUUCUUCUCAUGUUCAUAUUGUCUGUUUGUUGCUGUUACUUUGCUAGAUGUAAAUGUUAAAUAAUGAGCGGAACCGUAUCCCCUUUUACGUGUUGGAGUUUCAAAUGCUUGUCAUGGGUGGUCUUAGCUACACAUAAUCUUAGGUACACCUUGAUGGUAGUGUUAUGUGAUAGCAAAGCUAAAAGGAAACAUGUUUCGUUUUUCUUUUCAUCGGUGUAAUUUUCCCGCUUACCAUUCCAUUUUAGAUUAUGUGAACACAUGAAUUUCUAUUAAUCCAAUAAUAAUACAUAUUCAAGAUUAUUUUUUA